AUGAUGUCUGUUGCACCGGUGUUUUUCAUCCUCGUAGCUUUUGUUUGCUACAAGAUUCUCUCGGCCUUCGCUUUGAGAAGGCACAAUGCUCGCCAAGCUGCCAUUCGUGGAUGUCUGCCACCACCACGUGCCCCAUGCAAGGGAUUUCUUGGUAUAGGCACAUUGAGGGAAAGUCUUCAAGCAACCCGAGAAGAAAGGGGGCCAAUAUGGAUGCAUGAAACACUGAACUCCAUCGGGAAAACCGUCCACACCGUCCAAGCCUCGAUCUUCGACUAUGACUUGAUCAUCACCAGAGAUGCCGAGAACGUCAAGGCCAUGUUUGCCAGUCAGGCCCAAGAUUUUGAUAUUGGACUGCACCGAGAAAAGUGUUUCAAGUCUUUGCUUGGCUCUGGUGUGAUGACCAACCGACAAGACAAGUGGAGGCAUUCUCGGAGCCUGAUCAGGCCCCAAUUCGCAAGAGACAAUGUAGCAGACCUCAAUCUCUUUCAGAGACACUUGGACGCCCUAUUGCGAAGAAUUCCACUGUCCAAAAAUCGAUGGACCUCGAAGGUUGAUUUGUCUCCUCUCUUCUUCAACUUCACCCUGGACACGUCGACCGAAUUCUUGUUCGGUCAAUCGGUUCACACCCAAAAUUCCACCGACCGUGUGAAGAGUUCAUUCGCAUGGGACCCAGACGUUCCUGAUCUGACAAGUUUCGGACAACAUCUGGACCACGCCAAGCACAUUAUCGACCAAAGAGGAGCAUUGGCCAAAUACGGGUGGCUUUUGCGUGAUGGAGCCUUUCCAGAUCAUUGCAAAGCCGUCCAAGGCUGUGUGGAUUAUUUCGUCCGGGAGAAGCUGAGCCGCAGUUCGGACAAUGAAAAGACCAUCGCAACUCCGAAUGGAAAGUCCAAAUUCAUCCUGCUCGACGAACUUGCAAAGGAGACCAGAGAUCCACUCGAGUUGCGUUGUGAGCUGCUGAACAUUCUGCACGCGUCCAGAGACACGACGGCUUCAUUGCUGGGCUGGUCAUUCUAUUUCCUGGCGCGCCAUCCGGACGUAUUUGCCAGACUGCGAGAACAGACGCUGGAUGUUUUGACCGACAACCCGGUUUCUGAGAUCGCCUUCUCCAAGCUGUGGUCGUGUCGGUAUUUGCAAUAUGUCUUGAACGAGACCAUCCGCAUCGUCGGAAUUGUUCCCAUGAACGAACGUGCCGCUCUCCACGACACAACCUUACCUCGUGGCGGCGGACCUGACGGACAAAGCCCAGUUUUUGUGCCAAAGGGAACACAGGUCCUCAUUCCAACCUAUUCGAUGCAGCAUCGUGAGGAUAUAUGGGGGCCAGACGUUGAGGACUUCAAGCCAGAGAGAUGGCAAGAUCGAAAGUUUGGUUGGGAUUUUGUUCCGUUUGGGGGAGGAGCACGCCAGUGCAUUGGACAACAAUUGUCACGAACAGAAGCGAUGUUCGUGAUGGCGAGAAUGCUCCAAAUUUUUGACAAGAUUGAGAAUAUGGAGGCACCAGGUCCGAUCAGGAUGCACCAUAGCAUCGAAAACAGGAGCGGAACAGGUGUACAAGUACGUUUUCAUCUGGCUCCAUCCUCUUCCGCGUAUUGUCAACUGCAACCUCAGCACGAUCUUAAGUUGGGCGACGAAUACGACCUGGGCCUAGGUGUCGACAGAGGGGACUCGGCAUCGUGA